AUGGCUGAAGUCCAACUUAUCGCCACCCUGCGACCGGCCCAUGGCAAAGAGACUGAGCUCAGACACCUCCUUUGCGACACGGCACGUCUCGUGGAGCAGGCAGAACCAUCGUGCAUGGCAUUUCUAUUAACAGAACAUCAUCGAGUAGAUGAUACCUUAGAGUUCAAAGUCAUUGAAAGGCAUGUAUCGCACGGGCCUAGUUUAGGUUUAGGAUUAUCAGUUGACCGGUUACACAGAUGGGCCAAUUCCAAUGCCCUUGAGCACCACCAUAGUCGUCCCUGGCUCCUCCAGAUGUAUUCAACAUUUUUGGAGAAGCAGCUAUUAGACGGUCCAGAGCAGAUUGAGAUGCUGACGGUUAUUGCUGGGUUUGCCGUGCGUUAG